AUGUCUCUCGAAUUUAUCUUUACGCUCCCCGCAAUCUCUGCCAUUGUUGGCGUUCUCAUCUUGGAUCAAACAUCCGGGAAGCACACCUGGCAUGUCGAGGAUAUCGAGAAUCUGCCCCGUCCCUUUUCCUUUCUUGCUCCUAUGCUGUCCUACAUCCUUCCCACUUUCCGACUGCCCAUGCUCCAGCAGGGCCCGUCCGAACCAGAUGCGUUUCAAGUCGCCUCUCUUCUCGCACAACGACUUCCAGCAGACUUGAUCCCAGACAUCAUUGAUCUGGCUGAGCUCUGGGUCGAUGUUCCCCUCGCUUCGAGCAACUGCAAGAUGAAGGUCACCGAGAGAGAGGCAGGAAGGAUCUAUCUACUCGCUGACAUUCCAACGACAUUUCCUCCCCACGCUCUGCGCAGUGUGACGUUUCGGGUAACCUCGCGUGACCAAGGAUGGAGCGAGACGGCCUGGCACUACACCUACAAAGAGAGCUGGACGUGGUUUGAAGUCGCUAUUCUACCACCCGGCACAGAUGAAACCAAAGGCCCGUUCUCAGGACGACACAUCAUCACCAACAUCAAUGCUGACUUUGAGUGGCACACACACGACGUCACCUGGAGAUACGAUGACGAGGACGAGGACAUCAGGGAAAUUGUCCGAAGUCUGAAGCCUGGCUACAGAAUCGCCAUCUGUGUUUGGGCUCGCUUUCGGGACUGGGUCAAUCGAGUACAAAGUGCCCGCAUUGACUGUCAGGUGCAUGCCGUGAGGAAGAUGUGA